AUGGGUGCCCUCCGCAGAGUCAAGACCAAGCGUCGCACCAGAGACUACGACCAAGUUCGUGCCGACAUCGAUUCGGCACGCCAUCUGGAGCUAUACAAAGAGACCAAGGAUGCAGAAGAUCUGCCUGGUCUCGGUCGGCACUACUGCGUCGAAUGCUCUAAAUGGUUCGAGAGCGAGUAUAACAUGAAGGCGCACACCAAGGGCAAGAACCACAAGCGUCGAAUCCGCCUCUUGCGCGAAGAGCCUCACUCCCAACGACUUGCCGAGGCUGCGGUCGGCAUUGGGGCUCCCGACAAUGGCAAGCGACCCCAGGAUGAGAAUGUUGAGAUGCAAGACUGA